CGCUCUUCACUCAUCGCUUGUCCACGAGCCCCGGGGUACGUCCCAGCACGCACGGUGUCUUCCAGGAGCUCCUCGUGCCUCCGGCCUCCUCCUCCUCCUCAUCUCCAACCUCCUCCGUUCUUCUCCUCUCCUCUUCCUGUCUCAACGCCUCCUCUUGCCUCACCUCCUCGCUCUUCCAAUCCCUUCUGGUCGGGCGAUGCCCACGAUCUGAGCGAAGCCUUCAACUCCACUGUCCCUCAACUCUUCAAACCUCCAGCUCCCCGGUAUGCAUCGAUGGCCAGAGAUGGGGGAUUUCGAGUUGGCUACCAUGAUGGUUACCAUGGCAUCUGCAUACCCGGCCUACCAGCAGGUCCAUGCCAAGCCUCCGCCCCCUGUGCCACCCCCCAAGCCCAAGAAAAAGGUCAAGUUCCUCAACUCUGUCAACAAGGACAGCAAGAAGACCGACAAGAACCAUGAACACGGGGUCAAUCAUCACCAACAUCAUCAUCAGCACAACCAGCACCACCCCCGCCAUCGGCAGCAUCAGCAGCAGCUGCCAGAUGACAUCUUGGAGGUGGAGGAGCCGGAAGACGGCUCUGUAAAAAACAAACGGGAGGUCCCAGCUGUUGUCGCGGUCAACAGCGAGAUCCGGCAAGAAGUCGGCGACAAUUCAGCGCAGGUGCGGCUGAGUCCGGUUAUUGAGACACAAGUGACGGUGGACGCCGAGGAACCGGUGAUUGCCAGGCCUCCUGUGCAUGCCGUUCAGUCGACGCCGCCGCCACGGCCGCCAUCAGCCGAACAAUCAAUGGUAGAGAAUGCCAGCAAGACCCAGGAAAAGCAGAAGCCAAAGACUCUCCCGAAACCGGCCAAGAAGGGACUCGGCUGGGCGCGUGUGAGGAAGCACCUCAUUGUGCAGGAGCCCGAAAAUGCCGGUACCGGGGAUGGCCAAGCUACGAGUGGCAAUGAAAAGCCCGGCGAGGCCACCACCGCCGCUUCCCCUUCCCAAACGGAGAUGCAGCGGGCCAUCGUGCCUCCGCUGGGCCGGGGGAUGGGCAAGCGGUGGGACUCGGUGCUGUUUCAGCUGUUUGCGGCACGUGCCGAACACCAGCGCCGCAAGGAGCAGCGAGAGAAGCGAGGAGGGGAGCACGAGGGCACCGGUCACCGGGCCUACAAAGGCCGCCUGCCGCUGCUGCUGUUCGGCCCGCGCUUCGACGCACGCAAGCGCCGUGAGGCGGCGUCGCGGCCCGCCAAGAAGCUCGCCACCUUCGUCUUCGACCUAGGCUUGGCGCGGAGGGCCGCGACGGCCGUCUGCGACGCCGAUUCCGCCGCUGCCGCCGCCGCCACCGCCGACGCGGCCGCCACCGACAAGACAUUCAACCGCUCGGCUCGCGGUUGGCAGACCGAUGAGGCGGCGGCGGCAUUGGUGCCAGCCGCCAGCGAGUGAUGGAGACGACGGCGAAUUUGGGGAUGGUCCUCGACAAAGCCCCGUCGGCGGCGGUGAUCGAUCACGCGGAACUCAGUCAUGCCGAGUCUUCUGCGGAUUCGGCGACGUUGGGGCAAAGUGUGAGGUUUCUUGGCCUCGUGCAGCCGAGCUGACCCUACUAACCUUGGCUCAAACAAACGAGUUAUCGUUCGGGGGCAACGCCACUGUUAUUACAUUGUUGGGUCAGAAUCGUACGAAAUUAAAUUUAGCUUUGGGCUGUUUUAUUUCUACAUGCAGUGUGGUCGCACAUACCUGGUAAGAUGAUUGGUGAUCGCUUAAAAUCCGUGAAAUGUGAAUAUUAGCCCUAUUGGUCAGUUCAGGACACUGCCAAUUUUCACACAAGUGAAAAAAAAAACCCGAGCGAUUGACAGCAUAAAAGCAAAAGGGUUGUUAUUGAGUUGAAUUUGCAGUUCGUGAAGAAGGUAACGACUGAAGUCAUGAGGGACACAGAGGUGUAUUAAAGCUAUGAAUAGGUGAAGUGUGUCAGUGAUAAAAGGAAAACUGGCACCAAAAGGAUGUUUGGUGGUAACGUAUUCAGUUGAUAAGCACUGCUCGGCCUAGUAAAGAAAACUGCGAUUAUAUUUAUUUUCUUUUGUUCCCACACCUUUUCGGAAACCACAAUAACAAUCCAUCGCACGCUGUUGUAAGCCUUCUUCGAAAUAAGAACAGCACGUUACGUCGGUAACGAGUGUCAAUCAAUAUUGAUAUCGGCCAAAGGCAGAGCCAGCGUCUGACAUCCGUUCCACACAACCUGUUGGGGUUCACACCCAAGGACGGGCGCUGCAUAGUCGAGUCGUCAGAAGCCUCGCAUCCAACUCAAGGUGAACUUGCCAAGCGUGGCGGUGCUCCUUGCAUGCCCAAGAUGUGCAGCACGAGACGUCCCCACAGUCACCACACAACGGAGCCGGCGUCGCGUGGGAGAGGAGAGCUCGUCGCAGCCAGCCAAUUACAUUGAUGCUGCCAUGCCAUCGCUUCCUUCCUUCCUUCUGUUAGGUCCUGCACAGCUUUUGCCUGACCUUGAAGGAUCGCUCUUACAGCCUCUGCAUUCGGUGACCUCUGGGCUGCCACUAAACAGUGCCUGUCGGUCAUGGUAGGGUGGGGGGGGGGUUGGUGCUUUGACCACUCGCCAGCAAUGUUAGCAGUGGCCAGGAAUCGACCUUGGGUCACCGGGCUCUAGAGCACUAUGCACAACGUAUGCUGAUUUGGAUAUUAUUUACUUGCAUGAAGAUAUUGCUAAGAGACAACUUGAGUUAAACUUGGAAUGUUGCUACGUAUUUAUUUUUGAAAGUGUAUUGAAUUUGAUUUCCCGGCAAUGUGCUGCGACGCGUGACUUUAGAGGCUGGGAAUUUGCUCGCACUCAAAAGUUCAUGGCUUUUCAGCCGCUUUGGAAUCCUGGACCACACACCUUACACUUGGUGCUAUGAAUCCCCAACAUAUUUCGUCGGGCACAAUUUCUUAUUGCGAUUUGCUGUUGCAAAAGUGCAAUUGGAUGCCGUAGAACAUACGCAGAACGAUACCAUUUUAUAUGUUGCGUUAUAAACCAUUUGCUUUCUUCCCAGCAGUCCUUGCUCCUAACGGCCCUUGAUGGGACCCGAAUCACUUCCUGUGCAACAGUCUCUCGGACCUCUGCUGACAAACUGUGGCACGUCGUGGUCGCGGUUCCCUCUGACAAGUUCCACUUCGCUUUGACGAGGCCCAUGCAGCGUGUACAAACUGAUUAAUUGGCAUUUGAUCUCGAUUGGGGCGCAACAGCCUGGCAUCAUCACCCUCCUCCGAUGUUUGUGAAUGUGCGUUCAUCAAUGUUGCCAACUGAGAAAAUUUGCAUCUAGAUUUAGUGACAAAUCGACAGAGUUUUAAAGGUUUACCUAGCAGCUGACUGUUGUUGGGGGAGUUGGCAAAACUGGCCUUCAUCGGCUCACGAUGAAUUUCUAGAUCGGUAGACAUGGAAAUGGGAGACAAGCGUGUGGUGGUUCACUAGGCCCGGAGUUUGAGCAACACGCUUCCCGAGAUAAUCUUAAAAGCCAGGACCUCGUUGAUCCCAGUGGCCAAUAAAAGGCACUUAGCUGGGUGCCAUGCAUGGCGGGGGUGGUCAGAAGUUCAAUGUGGAAGAGUGCUUCAAAUAUCGCGUCAGCUUAAAUCAAGGCGUGGAUGUAAUCGAGAUCUGAAUGUUAAUCCAGGCAUGUUGCCGUGUGAAGACAGGCCUGUGACCUACGCUCCGGUGUUAAAACACAGCCCUCGCUGACAACGGAUAACUCUCAUCGGUUGUCUGCAGAUGUAAAAGAAUGAUUUUACAGUCUAUAUGUAUGUACAGUGCAAUGUCACAUCCGACUCCCUGGGUAGUUAUGUAUAGGCAGAUACGUGAAAUGGUUGGAUAUGUGAAUAUCGACAGAGAAUUGUGACCACCGUGCACAGUGUGUGGGUGUUUUGCUUGGUGAGGGAAGAUAGGUGACGGUCGGGUAUGCGACGCACUGAACAGUAUAGUCGAGGAGUUUGCAAUGAAAAUGAAAACUGCAAAACUCCUGCGUGCAUACCGAGCAGUGUCGUGAUAUGAAUUGCUAUUGAAACACUGAGGUUUCGCACAUGUGUGUGAUCUUAAUACAAUGUAGCUCUUUUAUAAUAAUAAUUAAAAAACUUAACCAAACUAUUCAUUUACCAGGUAAAGCCCACUGAGAUUUUUCGCUGUUUUUCAGUGGUGACUUGGCCACACAUGAUAUCUAAUCAAAAUUGUUUAUAUCAUCACACGUGGGAAUUUAUAAUUGCAGACAAAUAACCUAACCACAUGUUUCUAAAUGUGGAGGGGAAAACCAGAGGACCUGGACAAAUAUCCACAUGACCACGGGUAGAGAGAUCACGCAAACUCCAAAUAUAUAGGCAUCGUCAGGGUCCAGGAUCGAACACACAAGCUCCUGUUUCCCAGGAGAGUUGAAUACAACAUCUUGAUACUUUAAAAAAAUUUAAAAUUUAAACCAACAAUCACUGUCUUUGUUAAAAUACGUGCUUAAUUGCACAUCAUUGGUGGCAAAGUUUGAGAAGGGUUAUUUAUCAAGUUUAUGUAUUUACUAUAACUGUGCAUAUAUAUAGGACUAUAUACAAACUUGUACGUUUGAUUGUAAAUAUGUUUAAAGCAAAAUCUAAUAAAAAAUUGAAUGCUACGUUUUCUUGCAUGAUGAUACUGUACAUAUACACUGCAGAAAAAAAACAAUAUGGCUCCUGAGCAGGCCGAAGCCUGCACUGGGCCUGAGAUCAAAUGCGAAAGA